GCAGUUCUCAACGGAUAUUUGUGAGGGAAAACAAAAAUGGCGGACGAACAGGAGUUGCUGCAGCUGGAAAGCCUGUGUAAGCAACUUUACGAGACAGCGGACACAAAUCUUCGCACUGAGGCAGAGAAAGCACUGGUCGCAUUUGCAAACACUCCCGACUGUUUGAGUAAAUGUCAGCUGCUGCUGGAAAGAGGAAAUUCUCCCUAUGCACAGCUUCUGGCUGCCACCACUCUGACAAAGCUGGUCAGCCGAAUCAACAUCACAUUACCCUUGGAACAAAGAAUUGAUAUAAGAAAUUAUAUUUUGAAUUACUUGGCUACAAGACCAAAACUAGUUCAUUAUGUACUGCAAGCACUUGUCCAGUUAUUUUCUAGAAUCACAAAGCUUGGUUGGUAUGAUAUAAUCAAAGAUGAGUAUGUGUUCCGUAAUGUUGUUACGGAUGUGGGAAAGUUCAUUCAGAGUGGCUCGACACAACACGUGAUGAUAGGUGUACAGUUACUCUCUCAACUUGUGGUUGAAAUGAACAGAGUUACUGAGGCAGAAGCGAGUCGUUCCCUGACCAAGCACAGAAAGAUUGCAUCAUCAUUCAGAGAUACACAGCUGUUUGAAAUCUUCCAGCUUGCCUGUUCUCUCCUUCGAACUGCAGCUGGUAACAUCAAAACACUUGAUUUCUCCGAUGAGAACCAGCAUGGUUUACUGUUACAUUCCCUCCGACUUGCCCACAACUGCUUGACAUUUGAUUUCAUUGGUACAUCGACAGACGAGUCAUCUGAUGAUCUCUGUACUGUACAAAUCCCAACAAGUUGGAGAACUGCAUUUCUGGAUAUUUCUACUCUUCAAUUAUUUUUCAAUUUGUACUCUGGACUUCCAUCAUCAUUAUCACCAAUGGCUUUAUCGUGUUUGGUGCAGAUAGCGUCUGUAAGGCGUUCAUUGUUUAACAAUGCAGAACGUGCCAAGUUUCUGAAUCACAUAGUGAAUGGUGUUAAAGACAUUUUAGAGAACCCACAAGUGCAGGGUUUAUCAGACCCUAGUAAUUAUCAUGAAUUCUGUAGACUGUUAGCCCGGUUGAAGUCUAACUAUCAGCUUGGAGAAUUAGUGAAAGUAGACGAUUACCAAACAGUGAUAAAACUUAUAGCGGAAUUUACUGUCACAAGUUUACAGAUGUGGCAGUUUGCACCCAACAGUGUUCAUUAUUUACUAAGUCUGUGGCAGAGAAUGGUUGCAUCGGUACCAUAUGUGAAGGCAUCAGAACCUCAUAUGUUAGAAACAUAUACUCCUGAAGUGACACAAGCUUAUAUUACAUCUAGACUUGAAUCUGUACAUGUGGUUGUCAGAGAUGGUCUAGAAGACCCUUUAGAGGACCAUGGUGUUAUAUCACAACAACUUGAGCAGCUAUCAACAAUUGGUCGCUGCGAGUAUGAUAAAACGUGUGCGUUACUUGUCCGCUUGUUUGAUGAGUCAGCACAGAGAUACCAGGAACUGAUCUCCUCGGGAACACAGGGUGCAGAUAUGGCCGUUCAGGAAGGGCGUUUAACGUGGCUGGUGUACAUAAUAGGUUCAGUGAUAGGUGGUCGUGUAGCAUUUGCUAGUACAGAUGAACAUGAUGCCAUGGAUGGAGAACUAGUGUGCAGGGUUUUACAGCUUAUGAAUUUAACAGAUUCACGGCUGUCACAGAGUGGAUGUGAGAAGUUGGACCUUGCUAUUCUUAGCUUCUUUGAACAAUUUAAGAAGAUAUAUGUUGGUGAUCAGGUUCAGAAAUCAUCAAAGGUGUACAGACGUCUUUCAGAAGUUCUUGGAUUAAAUGAUGAAUCCAUGGUACUAAGUGUGUUCAUUGGUAAAAUAAUAACCAAUUUGAAGUUUUGGGGCCGAAGUGAACAGAUUAUAUCAAAAACUUUGCAGUUACUGAGUGACUUGUCUGUGGGUUAUAGCAGUGUUAGAAAACUAGUCAAGUUAGAGGCAGUUCAGUUCAUGCUCAACAAUCAUACAAGCAAUCAUUUCCCAUUCCUUGGCAUCAACGCUGGAAACAGUCCAAUGACGGACAUGCGAUGUAGAACUACAUUUUAUAUUGCCCUUGGCAGACUGUUGAUGGUUGACCUCGGGGAGGAUGAGGAAAGAUUUGAACAGUUCAUGAUGCCUUUAGCAGUGUUUGAUAAAGUGAACAAUAUGCUUGCCAAUGCAGAUACACCAAUCAAAGUUGAAGAAGCUAAAAGAUCUCUAAUUGGUUUAGCACGGGAUCUGCGGGGAGUAGCAUUUGCAUUUAACACAAAGACAAGUUAUAUGCUGUUAUUUGAUUGGCUGUAUCCAAACUACACGCCUGUUUUACAUCGUGCAAUAGAAAUCUGGUAUAAUGAACCUAGUGUAACCACGCCUGUACUUAAGCUCAUGGCAGAGCUGGCUCAGAGUAGAGCUCAGAGACUUCAGUUUGAUGUCUCCUCGCCAAAUGGCAUCCUAUUAUUCAGGGAAGUUAGUAAAAUGAUUGUUAGUUAUGGGUCCAGAAUUUUAACACUUGGUGAAAUCCCCAAAGAUCGAAUAUAUCCAAUGAAAUUAAAAGGUAUAUCAAUAUGUUUUUCAAUGCUGAGAGCUGCAUUGUGUGGUAACUAUGUCAACUUUGGUGUGUUCCGUCUCUAUGGUGAUGAUGCCCUUGACAAUGCCUUGGCCAUCUUUGUCAAGCUUCUGCUGUCUAUUUCACAGACUGAUUUACUGGAUUAUCCAAAACUCAGUCAGAACUACUAUGGUUUAUUAGAAAGUCUAGCACAGGACCAUAUGACAUUUAUCAGCAAUCUUGAACCUCAGGUGUUUCUCUAUAUACUGUCUACCAUCUCAGAAGGACUCACUGCACUUGAUACAAUGGUGUGCACAGGUUGUUGUGCAACGCUUGACAACAUCAUUACUUACUUGUUCAAGAAAUUGACAAGCAAGAAAAAGAAGAACUCUCCCAGUAGUAUGCCGGACAGUGAAGCAUUCCUUCGUAUACUGGAGUUACAUCCAGAAAUACUGCAGCAGAUGUUACAAACUGUGUUAAACAUUAUCAUGUUUGAAGAUUGUCGCAACCAGUGGUCCAUGUCACGGCCGUUGCUAGGUCUCAUUCUACUCAAUGAGGAGUAUUUUAACAAGUUACGGGAGAGCAUCAUCUCGAGUCAGCCACAGGAUAAGCAACAAACAAUGGCACAGUGCUUCGAUAGCCUUAUGGAGGGCAUAGAGCGAUCACUGAUCACCAAAAACCGAGACAGAUUUACACAGAAUUUGUCGCUGUUCAGACGAGAUGUAAACGAUUCUUUGAAAGCCACUGGUAACAGCAGUCCGUCAACAUCACAAUCAUCACUGGAUAUGAUGAACUUGUAGCGAUAAUAUUAUCAUCAUCAUCUUCAUCAUUCUUCAACAGCGCAGCAACAGUCUAAAUUCAUUUUGCAUACUUUAUCUGCAUGUACAUGUAGCUUAAACCUUCACACCUGUUGUUUCGUCAUCAUUUGAUGUGAUGGACUUCCAGUGAUCUCGUCAUUCAGAAUCGUCAUCGUCAUCAUCAUCAUCAUCAUCAUCAUCAUCGCCACCAAAAUUGUUGCUUCAUGACUUGUUGUGAUGUCAAAGACGUCAUAGGAUCAUUGUAUGUAAGCCGUGAAGAGAUUUUGAUUUUACGUAUUUGAAAUGUAAGAGGCUGAACUAGGAUAGGUGUUUUGGUAAUUUUGGAGGCAAAACUAGCACAGUUCUUUGGUAAUGGGAUCAAUAUUGGUGUAACCAGUACAUAUACUAGGGGACAAUGGUGAAUUCACAUAACUCAAAUGAAAUGGGAACUUGGCAGCUUCCAGAUUUGAACAUUAAGGUUGCAGUGUUUGUCAAAUAUAUUUAGUCUGGUAAAUAAAUAAUUUAAAAACAAGAUAGCGUAGCAUGGUAACAGGGAACUAAAGAAAUUUGGGCUACAAUUAAGUUGACUUAACAUUGUGGUCAAGAUGUGGGAAUGAUAAAUUUCUGCAUGUGUUAAAUAUGUAGCAGAAUUAUCUACAUUUAUAUUGAAUGAUUGUUUUUGUUAUGAAAUAUUUCAAACCCUUGACAGAUAUUUUUAAGCUAAAAUUGUGCUGAUUUGUGAAAAUUGAUGCUUGAAAUAACUUUCCUAGUAUGUUUGAAAAUAUUGAUACACUCUGUCUAUUUGUAGUGAAAAAGCAUUUCGUCACAAAUUGAAGUGUUACUUGCUUUGAUUGGUGCUUUUGCCAUAAUAUAAGAAAAGUACUGUGAACUUCCGUUAAAGAAUAAGGCAUUGUUCUUCUGCUGAUUAUACAUUUUUUCUUCAACAAAAAGAAUUCAGGGGCCAAGGUUAUAAAAAGCAAGGUUGGAGUCUAGUUGAAACAACACUGUUACUGAUCAGUUUCUGGAUAGAGCACAGGAGUUGCCAAUCAUAAGCUCAUGAUUUUAGACUGGUCCCCAAACUUGCGUUUUAAAACCUUCUGAAAAGUUCUACUAUUACAUUUCUUCUUUAAUUAACAUAUACUGAGUUCAUUCAUAAUUUGAUUAUUUACUUCACAUCUGUACUGUGAUAAGUAUGGGAGAUUUUUGAAAGUCAAUACUAAAUUGUUCAGUUGCAUAAGAAAUGUGAGCUGUGAAAUAACAAAAGUUUGAAAUUGGAGCAGUUGUGGUUUUAUGCUAGUAUAGGAUGCAUACAACUAGAAUUUUAUUCUUCUAAAACGUUUGUUCUGAAUUUUGAAACCUUAGAUGCUAAACUAAAGUAAAGAAUGAAAUCACUAAUUGUACCUGUACAAGUAUGAAAUCACAAUAUUACUACUGUUUGUUGUGCCGAAACUGCAAUACAGAGGAACUUUUGUUUGAUAUUAUGACUUUUUGCCAUCUUUACAUGUUGAUAAGUGCUAGAACAGAUGUCUGCCGAAAACAAUGAUUUAAGGAUUUUCAGCAGCAUUUUGUUACAUGUUACUGAUUGUUCUGUAAAUAUGAAAUCAGAAGCCUGAAUGGUUAAGGUGCUGAUUUCAGAUCUGUUGCCCAACACCUGUUUGGGUUUGAAACCCCACUUUAUGAAAGGAGUGUGUUCAACUGGCUUUUUGUAGUUGUUUCUGCCCAGGCACCUAUAGUGCCUGUAGGUACACUUUGGGUUUUCCUUCCCAGUCUACCAAGCCACCCAUAGUGCCUGUAGGUACACCUUGGGUCUUCAUUCCUAGUCUACCAAGCCAGCCACAGUGCUCGAAACAAACCUAGAGGUACACUUCAGAUCUUCUUCCGCAGACAGUCUUGUUUCUAUUCAGACACACACGGUCCCAGAAACAAUGCCCAGAGGUACACCUUGGGUAUUCCUGCCCAGGUAUUUGUUUUUCCACCCAGACACGCACACUCCCAGAAACAAUGCUCUUUGGAUGUUCUUCUACCAGGAAAUUUUUGUUUGACUUAAGACAUUUAUGUUACAACAGUGAACAGACUAUGGAAUUAAACUGGGAAGGAUCAGCUUUACACAUUGAAUAAUAUAUUUUCCUUAAAACUGAGUUUCAUGGUUGUUCUACAUUUUCAGUGUAGAUUUUGAUUUAAACCCGAUUUUUCAAAACAGCACAUUUGGCAGAUAAAAUAUACAAUCAAAACAGCACAUAAAAUUUGGCAGAUAAAAUAUACAGAGUUGUGUGCUAGGUUUUUUUUUUGCUAGAUUGAAUAGAACAACUCAAACCUCUUGCAAAUUUUCAUAAUGUGUAGGAAAUUCACAGUUUUGAUAACAUUUUUGCAAACAGAAAUUUUAUUAGAAUGUAAACUUUAAUGAUUUUUUUUUUCAGUUCAGCAUAAAAUUUAUUAAUCAUUAUAUUGGUUGAAAAAAAUGUAUAGGUCCUGCCCAUGAUUCAAGAUAUCUGCAAACUUCAAUUUAAUUGGAAGCCAUGGCUUUGGAUUAUUUCACUUGUCAAAAUCUUUGUUAUUUUUCAUGUAUAGAAAGAUUGUAAUGUUGAGGUAAUUAUAAAUGUACACAUGCGAUGACAUGUAUACAUUUAAUGAUUUUUCUUCCCAGUAUGUUGUGUCCAAGUUUUAUUCUAUGUUAUACAGAAAAUUGAUGUUAAAUUGUGACUUUCGGUUUAUCAAAGUGGAACUACCUUAAUGCUUUUUUUUUUUUUUUAGAAAAGUAAGGAAAAUUGUGUUAUAUUUAUUAUGGGAUUUCAGAACUUUCUCUGAAAAUAAGAUUGUUUGCAUAUUUCAGUUGAUGCUAUUUUUGUUUAUCCCAAAAUACCAUCCAAAUCUAAUUAGGUCUGUAGUUAUUUCAUGAAAUAAAAGCUUAAUAAUGAGCUGCGCCAUGAGUAAACCAACAUAGUGCAUUUGCGACCAGCAUGGAUCCAGACCAGCCAGCGCAUCUGUGCAGUCUGGUCAGGAUCCUUGCUGUUCGCUUUCAAAGCCUAUUUGCAAUUAGAGAAACCGUUAGCGAACAGCAUGGAUCCUUACCAGACUGAGAGGAUGCGCAGGCUGGUCUGGAUCCAUGCUGGUCGCAAAUGCACUAUGUUGGUUUUCUCAUGGUGCGGCUUAUUGCAAGUAAGCCUAUUUAAAAUUGAUGAUGAAAUGAAUGUGUUGAAGACUUAACAAAACAAACAUUUUUAGAGAGGUUGAGAUUUCACAAUCAGGCCCCAGUUUCAUGAAAAAACUAAUUAGUUAAGUCGGUUAUUUGAAAAUCGUGCUAUUACUUAAGUUAUUGUUAUUUAAUGUUGAUUUUUAUGCCCCGGCAUCUACUGAUGCGGGAGGCAUAUAGUGAUUGUCCUGUCCGUCCGUCCGAACGAGGUUAACCAAAUGGGACCGUUUCGUCUAGCAUCAAUGCCCCUAACUAGAAUGACUUGAUACUAAUGCAGAUGUAACCUGUGACCAUUCCUCAUCUUCAGACAUCACCUGACCUCAGUUUGACCUUGACCUUGAACUUGACCUCGUUUUGGACUUAGGUUGCUUUGUAUCGACAAGGAUGCCACCGGGGGCAUCAAGCGUUUAUUGAACGCAGCUCCUUGUUUUCUAUAUAACAACGUUUUUUAUAGCUAAAUUAUACUAUGGUUUUAGUAUUUGCCUGCAGUUCUUAUUUCAGUCACGCAAAUAUGAUAUUUCUAUAUAAGCAUGGUAUAACAAACUUAAGUAUUUGCUUAAGUAUAUUUCUUAUUUCUUUACUGCAUUUUCUGUAAAAUUCAGUAUUGUUGUGUUUUGAUCUAUGAAAUAGUCAUGUACAAUUCUGAUAUAGAUGAAAAAGUCAACAUUGAAGAUGCAUAAAGGGCAGAAACAAGGAUUUGAAAUAAUAGACUUAGCUAAGCAAUUUAGUUUUUCUUGAAAUUGGGAACAGAUGUUUUGACAUGGAAAAUUAAAUUUUGUUAAACAUUUAAAAUGGUGAAAGUUCGAACACAUCACAAUAUUGUUAUAUUUUUACACAUACAGUAGAAUACCAAUCACUUGAAGCAGCAAGAUGAUGAGUGAAUUGCUUGUUUAACCCAGGGUUUUGAGUGAUCUAAACAACCAGGGACCACAUCAGUUUAUUGCAUCAGCCAUGUAACGCUCUAGCAUUUCACUGUACCUGAUUAAAUAUCACUAGAUAGAUUCAGAAGUCAGAACGUUAUACAUGUGGUUAAACAGACAGAACAGGCGCAUCAUAUACUGUGAAAUCAUUAAUAUUCGUGGGGGACUAAUUUUCGUGGUUCAGUGAAUCCACGAAAUUUAAUCCCAAUGAACAAGUAAAAUUCAAAUUCAUUUUAUGUUCAAAAGUUGAAAUCCACAAAUUCAUAUCCCCACGAAAUUUCAGUUUUGAGCAAAACCACGAAAUUUCAUGCCCACGAAAUUAAAUGAUUUCACAGUACAUUUGUAUACAUACACAUACUGAAUUUUAAACCACUUUUUUCUCUGACUUGAAAGGGGCACAUCUAGAUUCAUGUCUAGAUUAAGAAUUAUUUUUGUUUAUAAUUAAAUGAAAUAUAAAAGAAAAAGGUUCAGUUUGUCAAGAUGUAUUUAUUGAUAAGAAUAUAGCCUAUACAAUAUGUAGAGUAAGUCAUCUGAGAUGUUCAUAACAAAAUGCUUUAUUUGAAGUGCUAUGAACCGCCAUAUAAGUGCUAUUUUACUUUUCAUUAGAAGAGGUGGUAUAUUGUUCUAAUGCUGUUGGUAGGUACACACUUUGAUUUCUGGUCUGUAAUUAGUGAACACAUUGACCUGCACUGGUCUGACUUCAUAGGAAGAUUGCCAGUGGUAAGAUGACUGUUACUGGUUUUUGGGUUGAUUGUCAGAAACCUUUACACCUGACAAUGGUUUCUGAACAAUAGUUUGAGAACACAUGUGCAUAAGGUUUUCAGUCUUCAUAGCAUGAUUAUUUGUAAUCAGUAGAUUUCCCCUGUUAAUUAUUUGGCCAUUAAGUCAAAGGUCAAGAUAGACUGAAAUUUACACACCCAGUUCAUCUGACAGCUGUUUUUGACAAGGCUGUUGAAUAGUCAUGCGUUGCUGUCCUCCGAUAGCUCUUGUUUUGUUUCUUUUUGCUUUUGGACAAACUUAUUUUUAAAUGGCAAACCUAGGUCAUUUUGAAAAAAUACUUCCAAGUUGAAUUUUUCUCCAAGGAAAUUAUCUGUAUUGAUUGCAUCUGUUUGAGCAGGAAAAAAAUAUUUAUGACAAAAUGUAUUGCAAACUUGGUUAGCUUCACUUUCUAUAGCCAAGGUAAUUCUUAAUAAAAAAGUUUUAUUGGCAGGAGGGUACAGUGAAGUAUUCAGUAAGACAUUGGCUAUGCAAAAAUAGAUACUUUGUUUUAUCAGUCUUAAAUUGGGACUUGGAAAUUUUACCUAACUUUUUUCUACAGUUACGACCCAUGUAGUUCUGGGACGAUCUAUGUAUGAAAAGAAUCGGAACCACUGCCUUACCCUUGCAUAAUCAGAAGAGGCGACUAAUAGGGUCUUAACACUUGGUUUUGCUGUAACUCUUUGAUUCCAGCAGGUAUGCAAAUUUUGAUUCCAUACCUCAUGUUUUUAUUUCGAUGUAAAUGAGAUGUGAAACCAAAAUUUGUAGUCCUGUUUGGCGCCAUAUAACCUAUAUUGUGUUGGUGCGCCGUAAAACCCAAAUAAUUAAAUAAAUUCUACAGUUACACCAGGAUUUGACAGUGAUAUCCAAAAUUGUGUUUGUGUGAGUGUUAAAAAAAUCAAAAUCCAACAAAACCCAAUUAUUAGAUUGUAAUAGCCUUGUUUUACAUGCAUAUUCUAAACAGAUGUAUUUAAGUUCUGACAAGUUCUCUACCUGAUUUGGUGCAUACUUCUCUACCAUUUAUUUAUAUGUCAGAUAUACAUACAUUACUACUGUACUGCUAAACUUGUAUGCAUUUGUAAAUGGUAUGAAAUUUGCAUAUCAUAGAGACAAGUCUGCAUUUAUACUUGAAUAGGAUACAACAAAUUAAAAUUAAUGAAAUGCUAUUGUUAUUACUGUAUGUUUUGUAAAUUUGUUAGGUUUCAGUGCUAUUAAAAUGCCGUAUAUUGCUUUUGAACAAAGGUGAUACAAUUAUACGUUAUGUACUAGUACCAUUAACCCUUAUCAUGCUGGACAUGAAUAAUUCUGCCUUUGCAACCAGUGUAGAUCAUGAUCAGCCUGCACAUCCAUGCAGUCUGAUCAUCUGCACUGUUCACCAUUCAGACGUAUCUAUUUGGUAAGCAUCCCUUUUAACAGUUACUGGUACUAUCCAAAUUGAAAGAUGGACAAGUUCAUUAUAGAAAUUUAGCAAAGUAAGGGUUAAUGGACUAAAACCCUGCUUCCUUUCAAAGUGCUACUCCCUGUAUGUUUGGGAAUUAUUUUUGUUAUUCAGUUGUGGAGAUGGUGCCUGGUAUGCUAGGGGAGAUAUGCCUGGUAUGUUAGGGGAGAUAAUGAGCCGCGCCAUGAGAAAACCAACAGUGCAUGUGUGACCGGCACGGAUCCAGACAGCGGAUGCGCAGGCUGGUCUGGAACCAUGCUGGUCGCAAAUACACUAUGUUGGUUUUCUCAUGGCGUGGCUCACAUGUUGGUAACUGUUGUGUUUUCUAUAAUACUUGAGGUAGCUUUGAUACUGUGUAUUUUGAAUGUUGGUUACAGAAAAUAAAUGCUAUUAUGAAAUGA